AUGCGUCUGAAGUGCGUCCUAUUGUGGGGGGGGGGGGGGGGGGGGGGGGGGGGGGGGGGGGGGGGGGGGGGGGGGGGGGGGGGGGGGGGGGGGGGGGGGGGGGGGGGGGGGGGGGCUGCGGAGUCCGGGAUUGUGAAGAUCAAGACCAUCGCCGCCAGAAACACAGAGAUCCUGGCAGCUCUGAAGGAGAACAGCUCUGAGGUGGUGCAGCCGUUCCUCAUGGGUUGUGGGACCAAAGAGCCCAAGAUCACGCAGUUGUGUCUGGCAGCGAUCCAGAGACUGAUGUCACACGAGGUGGUGUCCGAGGCCGCUGCAGGGAACAUCAUCAACAUGCUGUGGCAGCUCAUGGAGAACGGUUUAGAAGAACUGAAGCUUCUGCAGACAGUCCUCGUGCUCCUCACCACCAACACUGUGGUCCACGACGAGGUCCUCUCUAAGGCCAUCGUGCUGUGUUUCCGGCUGCACUUCACCAAAGACAACAUCACGAACAACACUGCGGCCGCCACAGUGCGGCAGGUUGUCACGGUGGUGUUCGAGCGCAUGGUGGCGGAGGACGAAAGGUUCAAAGGCAUCAUGGAGCAGCCUCCUCCGGUCCAGGGAAACUCCAACCGUCGCUCUGUCAGCACUCUCAGGCCCAGUGCUAAGGACGCAUACAUGCUGUUCCAGGACCUGUGCCAGCUCGUGAACGCAGACGCCCCCUACUGGCUGGUGGGCAUGACUGAGAUGACGCGGACGUUUGGACUGGAGCUGCUGGAGUCUGUGCUCAACGACUUCCCCGGAGUGUUUCUGCAGCACCAGGAGUUCAGUUUCCUGCUGAAGGAGCGCGUGUGUCCGCUGGUCAUAAAGCUGUUUUCUCCGAACAUCAAGUUUCGCCAGGGCAGCACCAGCGCCGCCGGCCCCGCCCCCAUGGAGAAACCCUACUUCCCCAUCUGCAUGAGGCUCCUGAGGGUCGUCUCUGUGCUCAUCAAACACUUCUACAGCCUCCUGGUGACAGAGUGUGAGAUCUUCUUGUCUCUCUUGGUGAAGUUUCUGGACGGAGAGAAGCCCCAGUGGCUCCGGGCCGUGGCUGUGGAGUCUGUGCACCGGCUCUGUGUGCAGCCGCAUUUAUUACGGUCUUUCUGUCAGUCGUACGACAUGAAGCAGCACUCCACCAAAGUGUUCCGUGACAUCGUGAACGCCCUGGGCUCCUUCAUCCAGUCGCUCUUCAUCGUCCCCAACGCAGGAAACACGGCGGCCGUCAACGCAGCAGCAGGCGGGUCCGGCCUGGGUCCUCAGGGCUCGGUUCAGGGAGGACCCGGAGGAGGAGGCUCCAGUGGAAACCUCAACACUCAGGCUGCGUUCGAGUACCGCGGGACCUGGAUCCCUCUGCUGCCCGUCAGUGUCCAGGGUAGCGCCAAAGCCACGUAUCUGGAGAUGCUGGACAAAGUGGAGCCCCCGUCCAUCCCUGAGGGGUACGCCAUGUCUGUGGCCUUCAGCGCUCUGCUGGACCUGGUCAGAGGCAUCACCUCCAUGAUCGAGAGGGAGCUGACGGCUGAGGACCAGUCUGCGGCAGAGUUCAGAGAGUCUCACCCAGAGCAAGAGUGGGAGCCCCCAACAGGCGCCCACCUGGUCUGGGAGGAGAUGGUCAGUGCCUGCUGGUGUGGUCUUCUGGCCGCAUUGUCUCUACUGCUCGAUGCCAGCACGGACGAAACGGCGACGGAGAACAUCCUGAAGGCGGAGCUGACCAUGGCGUCUCUCUGUGGUCGUCUGGGUUUGGUGACGCCUCGAGACGCCUUCAUCACCGCCAUCUGCAAAGCUUCUCUGCCGCCUCACUACACCCUCACGGUCCUCAGCACCAACGCCAACACCAUCGCCAGCAAAGCUUACUCGAUCCAGGGGCAGAACGUGCAGAUCAUCAGCCCGUCCAGUGAGUCCCAUCAGCAGGUGGUGGCAGUGGGGCAGCCUCUGUCGGCUCAGCCCCAGGGCACUGUGGUGCUGACUGCCAAGAACAUCCAGUGCAUGAGGACCCUGCUGAACUUGGCCCACUGCCACGGAGCUGUUCUGGGCUCGUCCUGGCAGCUUGUGCUCGCCACACUACAGCAUUUGGUGUGGAUCCUUGGACUGAAGCCUGCUGUGGGCGGGGCCUUAAAACCUGGUCGAGCUGUGGAAGGUCCCAGUACGGUUCUGACGACCGCAGUCAUGACGGACCUCCCUGUGAUCUCCAACAUCCUCUCCAGACUCUUCGAGAGCUCACAAUACCUGGACGACGUGUCUCUGCAUCACCUGAUCAACGCCCUCUGCUCUCUCUCUCUGGAGGCGAUGGAAAUGGCCUAUGGAAACAACAAGGAGCCAUCUUUGUUUGCCGUGGCCAAACUCCUGGAGACCGGUUUGGUGAACAUGGACCGCAUCGAGAUCCUGUGGAGGCCGCUGACCGGGCAUCUACUCGAGGUCUGUCAGCAUCCAAACGCCCGGAUGAGAGAGUGGGGGGCCGAGGCUCUGACGUCACUCAUUAAAGCGGGUCUGGCCUACAAGCACGACCCGCCCCUGUCCCAGAACCAGCGGCUGCAGCUGCUGCUCCUGAGUCCUCUGAAGGAGCUUUCCAACGUGCUGCACUCGGACAUCCGACAGAAGCAGCUGGAGAGUGUGCUGCAGAUCCUCCAGAGCCAGGGCGACGGCCUGGGCCCCGGCUGGCCCCUGGUGCUGGGGGUCAUAGGGGCCAUACGCAACGACCAGGGAGAGUCGUUGAUCCGAACAGCCUUCCAGUGCCUACAGUUGGUGGUCACAGACUUUUUACCCACGAUGCCUUGCACCUGCCUCCAGAUUGUAGUGGAUGUGGCCGGGAGCUUCGGUCUCCAGAACCAGGAGCUCAACAUCAGCCUCACGUCCAUCGGCCUUCUGUGGAACAUUUCAGAUUACUUCUUCCAGCGCGGCGAGGUGAUCACGCAGGAGCUGGAACGAGAGGAGGCGGCCGUACAGAAGCAGGCCCAGGAGAGAGGAGAGACCCUGAACCGGCCCUUCCACCCGGCCCCGCCCUUCGACUGCCUCUGGCUCUGUCUCUAUGCCAAACUGGGCGAGCUCUGCGUGGACCCCAGACCCGCCGUCCGCAAGAGCGCGGGGCAGACGCUCUUCUCCACCAUCGCGGCCCACGGGACGCUUCUGCAGCAGCCCACGUGGCACAUCGUGGUCUGGAAGGUCCUGUUCCACCUCCUGAACUGCGUGCGCACAUCGUCCACCACUGCAGACAAAGAGAAGAUCGAGUCUGGAGGAGGCAACAUCCUGAUCCACCACUCCCGCGACACGGCGGAGAAGCAGUGGGCCGAGACCUGGGUGCUCACGCUGGCCGGGGUCGCUCGCAUCUUCAACACCAGGAGAUAUCUGCUGCAGCAGCUCGGUGAUUUCUUCGAGGCCUGGGAGGUGCUGCUGACCCACAUCCAGUCUGCGGCUCUCAGUAAGAACAACGAGGUUUCUCUGGCGGCGCUGAAGAGCUUCCAGGAGAUUCUGCAGAUCGUGACUCCGGUUAAGGACAUGGACAAACCAGGAGACGCUCUGUCGGCUCUGUGCGUCCCCCCGGUCCUCAUCGACCCCCUCUCGGCCUCCGGACCCGGCAGACCGCUGGUGCGAUCGGACUCUCUGGUGGAGCGGCUAACGCGCUACAACGGCGCCGAGAUGCAGGCCCCUCCCCCCGGCGAGGAGUCGGCAUUAGAGGACGCUGCACUUUGGUGGUCGGCCUGGAACACCUGGUACAGGACCGGGACGGAGAGCACCAGGCCCCCUACUGGUGCGGCAGAGAAACUGACCUUUAUCCCCAGCCAGCCCUACCUGACGGCCUUGAUCCAGAUCUUCCCGGCACUUUACCAGCACAUCAAAGCCAACUUCAGCAUGGAGGAGCUGCGGAAGCUGGGGGUGAUUCUGCACGGAGCGGUUUCUGUGCCCAUCAGCAGCGACGCUUCACCGUUCAUCCUGCCGUCCUAUACGGAGGCGGUGCUCACCAGUCUCCAGGAGGCCGUGCUCACUGCGCUGGACGUCCUGCAGAAGGCCAUCUGUGUGGGCCCUGAGAGUCUGCAGGUCAUGCACCCGGCCAUCUUCCAACAGCUGCUGCGCUUUGUGGAGUUCUCCUGCAAACCGCCCACGUAUGGCCGCGUGGAGACCAAGCACGUGGCCAACGCAAAGUACAACCAGGCAGAGUGGGUGGCCUUGAACUACGUGCCGUUUGCAGAGCGCUCCCUGGAGGUGGUGGUCGACCUUUACCACAAAACGGCCUGUCACAAAGCCGUCAUCAGCGAGAAGGUUCUGCAGAAUAUUAUCAAGACGCUGCGGAUGCCCCUGGGUUUGAAGUACUCCUGUCCCUCAGAGAGCACAUGGAAGCUGGCCGUGACUUCGCUGCUCAGAGUCCUCUCCGUGGGGCUCCCUGUGGCCCGCCAGCACUCCUCCUCUGGGAAGUUCGAGACCAUGUGGCCGGAGCUGGCACACGCUUUCGAGGACUUCCUCUUUACCAAAAGCACUCCUCCAGAUAACCUUUCCAUUCAGGAGUUUCAAAAGAACGAAGCCAUCGAUGUAGAAGUGGUUCAGUUGAUCAGCUCUGAGAUUUUACCGUUUGCCAAUUUCAUCCCCAAAGACUUUGUUGGUCAGAUCAUGGCCAUGUUGAACCGAGGAUCCAUCCACUCCCAGUCUCCCUCCUUCACAGAGGCGGAGAUCGACGUGCGGAUGCGAGAGGAGUUUUCCAAAGUCUGCUUCGAGACGCUGCUGCAGUUUUCCUUCAGUAACAAAGUGUCGACGCCGCAGGAGGGAUACAUCUCCCGCAUGGCUCUGUCUGUGCUGCUCAAGAGGUCCCAGGACGUCCUCCGCAGAUACGUGGAGGACGAGAGGCUGAGCGGACGCUGCCCCCUGCCCAGGCAACAAGUCACAGAGAUUAUAUUUGUUUUGAAAGCAAUCAGCACUUUGAUGGACUCCCUAAAGAAGACACAGCCUGAGAAUGUGGACGGGAACACGUGGGCGCAGGUCAUCGGUCUCUAUCCCACGCUGGUCGAAUGCAUCACGUGUUCGUCGACUGAAGUUAGCUCCGCCCUCAAAGAAGCUCUGGGGCCUUUCAAAGACUUUAUGCAGCCCCCGGCCUCCAGAGUCCAGAACGGAGAGUCGUGA